AUGGAAAGAUUGCAGAGACUUAUGAUGAAUAGCAAGGUUGGUGCCCCUGAUGCCAACCGUGACGAUACCAAAGAGACUGUAUACAUAUCAUCAAUGGCAUUAUUAAAGAUGCUGAAACAUGGUAGAGCUGGUGUUCCUAUGGAAGUAAUGGGGUUGAUGUUGGGUGAGUUUGUGGAUGAUUAUACCGUCAAUGUUGUGGACGUUUUUGCUAUGCCUCAAUCAGGUACCGGUGUGUCUGUUGAAGCAGUAGAUGAUGUAUUUCAAGCGAAGAUGAUGGAUAUGUUAAAACAAACAGGUAGAGAUCAGAUGGUUGUGGGUUGGUACCAUUCACAUCCUGGUUUUGGUUGUUGGCUAUCCUCUGUGGAUGUUAACACUCAAAAGUCUUUCGAGCAAUUGAAUAAUAGGGCGGUUGCUGUAGUGGUAGACCCAAUUCAAUCCGUGAAAGGUAAAGUAGUUAUUGAUGCCUUUAGAUUAAUCGAUACAGGUGCUUUAUUAAAUAACCAAGAACCUAGACAAACGACAUCUAAUGCAGGUUUGUUGAAUAAAGCUAAUAUCCAAGCUUUAAUUCAUGGGUUGAAUAGACACUAUUAUUCCCUAAAUAUAGAUUAUCGUAAAACCCUAACAGAGACCAAGAUGUUAAUGAACUUACAUAAAGAUCAAUGGCAAUCUGGUUUGAAGAUGCAUGAUUAUGAAGUGAAAGAACAUGAGAAUUACGAAGCAACCAAGAAAAUGGUGAAGAUUGCUCAUCAAUAUUCAAAAAGAAUUGAAGAAGAGAAAGAAUUAACAGAGGAAGAGUUGAAAACACGUUAUGUGGGGAAACAGGAUCCAAAAAAACAUUUAUCAGAUACCUCAGAUUCUGUGCUGGAGGAAAAUAUUGUUUCAGUGCUUACUGCAAGUGUCAACUCUGUCGCUAUUAAAUAA